CCGCCUCUGCGCAAGAUGGCUGCAGCGGAGGCGUCGGAGUGCGGAAAGCUUGCGCUGGGAUCGCGACGUCCGGACUGAGUCGAGGCGAAGGUCCCAGCUCCUUACUCGUUUGUGAGCUUACUCCACAGGAGCAAUCUGUAGAUAAUCUGAGUUGUUGAUGGUACGAAUCCUAUUACGAGCCGACAGAGACUGACAACAGCGAUGUUCUGAGGCCUGGCUGUCUGCUCGACCAACAGAUUUCAUCGGCUAGGGUUUUCUGUUGUGUUUAGGGUUGUGGGGCAAGUGUCCAAGCUCUCAGUGUUGGGGCAGGUUUCGUCAUUGUCAACAAAAGUAAAAAUUUCACGGACGUGAUGCUUUAGUAAUGUGUUAAAAAAGCGAGAGAGAGUAAAGAAGGACACCGUACAACUGUCACCUAGGUAUGGAUGAUAAAGGCGACCCGAGCAAUGAGGAGACACCUAAGGCUAUCAAACCCACGAGCAAAGAGUUCAGGAAAACAUGGGGUUUUCGAAGAACCACUAUUGCGAAGCGGGAGGGUGCAGGUGACGCAGAGGCCGACCCUGUGGAGCCGCAGCAGCACAGCCUGUCCUUGAGGCGCAGCGGCCGGCAGCCCAAGCGCACGGAGCGGGUGGAGGAGUUCCUCACGACCGUUCGGCGCCGAGGAAGAAGGAGCAUCCCUGUCUCCCUUGAGGACUCCAGCGAGCCAACGUCUUGUCCAGUCACAGAUGCCGAAACCGCUUCGGAAGGGAGCGUAGAAAGCACUUCUGAGGGUAGAAGUGGUCCCAAGUCUGGCUCCACUCGUGGGAAGGAACGACCGGCCUCUUCAGAGAAAGCCAAAGGAGGUGAUGAUGAGGACACCACCUCUGAUAGUGACAGUGACGGACUGACCUUGAAAGAGCUUCAGAAUCGCCUUCGAAGAAAGCGAGAGCAGGAGCCCGCCGAGCGGCCCCCGAAAGGCAUCCAGAACCGCCUGCGGAAGAAGCAGCGGGAGGAGGAUCCCACAGAAACGGUGGAUGUCCAGGCCGGCGGCGCUGUCGAGAGCGCACUGCCCAGCAAGCAGGAGCCCCGGGACGAGCAGGGGGCUGCGGGCCAGGCUGGGAAUGGUGACAGUGAGGCAGAGGGGACAGUGGCCCAGGGAGUCAAGGAGGAAGAACGUGGGGACCCAGGCAAGCCUAAGCCUGAGUGUGAGGUGUACGACCCCAACGCCCUGUACUGCAUCUGCCGCCAGCCUCACAACAACAGGUUUAUGAUUUGCUGUGACCGGUGUGAGGAAUGGUUUCAUGGCGACUGUGUGGGCAUUUCCGAGGCGCGAGGGAGGCUUUUGGAAAGGAAUGGGGAAGAUUAUAUCUGCCCCAACUGUACCAUCCUGCAAGUGCAAGACGAGACUAACUCGGAAACCACAGAUCAGCCAGAGACUAAGUUCAGGCCCGGAGAUACCGACGGCACCGACUUCACAAGCAUAGGGACGGUGGAGCAGAAGUCCAGUGAGGACCAGGGCAUCAAGGGCAGAAUUGAGAAGGCUGCACAUCCGAGCGGCAAGAAGAAGCUUAAGAUCUUCCAGCCUGUUGUAGAGGCUCCUGGUGCCUCAAAGUGCAUUGGCCCUGGGUGCUCCAGCGUGGCACAGCCUGACUCGGUUUACUGCAGUAAUGACUGCAUUCUUAAACAUGCUGCAGCAACCAUGAAAUUUCUAAGUUCAGGUAAAGAACAAAAACCAAAACCUAAAGAAAAGAUCAAGAUAAAGCCAGAAAAGCUCAAUCUACCAAAAUGUAGUGUUCAGGCAGGCAUUAAAAUCUCUGCUAUGCACAAGAGACCAGCUCCAGAAAAGAAAGAAAACAUGGUGAAGAAGGUGAUGGUGGCCCUGUGCAGGAACGAAGCCCUGGGGAAGGAAGCCACCUGUGAGAGCAGCACGCCAUCGUGGGCGAGCGAUCACAAUUACAAUGCAGUGAAGCCGGAAAAGACUGCUGCUCCCUCGGCAUCACUGUUGUGUAAAUCCACCAAGGAAGACAGGAGAUCCGAGGAGAAAUUGGCGGCUGCGGCAACCUCAAAGAAAACAGCCCCUCCUGGCUCCGCGGUGGGCAAACAACCUCCACCUAGAAGUCUCCUUCCAAAGAAGUCUCCCUUCACUAACUUGGCAGCACCCAAACCAGCCAUUAAAAAGUCACCCUCAGGUUUCAAGGGGACCAUUCCCAAGAGGCCGUGGGCCACUCAGUCAGGUGGAGCUUCCGCUGCCAAACAGGCAGGACCGACGCCUGCUGCUGUGACAGCUGCUUCCAAAAAGUUACCUGGCUCUGCUGCUUUGGUCGGACCCAUGAGGAAGCCAGUGGCAACCUCUGUUCCCAUGGCAUCUCCAGCCCCAGGACGCCUCGGGGCCACAAGUCCUGCCUCGUCACAGCCAAACUCACAAAUUCGGCAAAACAUAAGACGCUCCUUGAAGGAGAUUUUGUGGAAAAGAGUCAAUGACAGCGACGACUUAAUCAUGACAGAAAACGAAGUGGGGAAAAUUGCCCUCCAUAUUGAGAAGGAGAUGUUUAACUUGUUCCAAGUUACAGAUAACCGCUACAAGAGUAAAUACCGCAGCAUCAUGUUCAACCUCAAGGACCCUAAAAAUCAGGGACUCUUCCAUCGUGUUCUUCGUGAAGAAAUCUCUUUGGCAAAACUUGUGAGAAUGAAGCCAGAAGAACUCGUAUCUAAAGAGCUUUCCACGUGGAAAGAGAGACCAGCGAAGUCUGUAAUGGAGUCCAGGACGAAACUGCACAGUGAAAGCAAGAAGACGGCCGCCAGGCAGGAGCCCAUCCCUGACAUGGAGGACUCCCCGCCAGUGUCGGAUUCAGACGAACAGCAGGAAUCGGUCCGAGCUAUCCCUGAGAAAAACACUGCGCCUCUCCUCGACGUCUUCAGCAGUAUGUUGAAAGACACAACAAGUCAACACCGGGCACAUCUUUUUGAUCUCAACUGUAAAAUUUGUACAGGUCAGGUUCCAUCAUCAGAAGAUGAACCAGCACCAAAGAAACAAAAACUGUCAGCUUCAACUAAAAAGGAAGACUUAAAACCCAAGUAUGACAGCUCUCCAGCCGAUGCCGUGCCCGCCUCAGCCGAUGAGGUGAUACUGGAAGCUCUGCCGGAAGAUGCUUCCCAGCCAGACCUGGAAAGUGCUUCUCAUCCGAACACGGGGCGACAGUAUUUCCCUGGGCCUCCUGGAGACAGCCACCCCGAGCCCUCCCUGCUGGAGGACCUCGCCCCCUGCCCAGCCUCCUGUGGGGGCGGGGUGGUCACCACUGUCACGGUGUCUGGCCGGGACCCCAGGACUGCUCCAGGCAGCUCAUGCACAGGGCCACCCUCCACAGCAGCCCACGCGGAUGGCACCCACACGGGAGAAACCAGAGCAGACGUGCCGAAGCCUGCCGUGACUUCCGUGAUGGUGCCCAAGUCCAUACUGGCCAAGCCAUCCUCGUCCCCGGACCCAAGACACUUGUCAGUUUCACCAUCACCAGGCCUCAGCAUCUCAGAGUCACGGUCCCCUCCAGAAGGAGACACGACCCUCUUUUUGUCUCGACUGAGCACCAUUUGGAAAGGAUUCAUUAACAUGCAGAGCGUAGCGAAAUUUGUCACUAAGGCGUAUCCUGUCUCUGGGUGUUUUGAUUACCUCAGUGAGGAUUUGCCCGACACAAUUCACAUUGGUGGGAGGAUCGCACCGAAGACGGUUUGGGAUUAUGUUGGCAAACUCAAGUCUUCUGUGUCUAAGGAGCUGUGCCUGAUCCGCUUUCACCCCGCGACAGAGGAAGAGGAGGUUGCCUAUAUCUCUCUCUACUCCUAUUUUAGCAGCCGUGGCCGUUUUGGCGUUGUAGCUAAUAACAACAGGCACAUCAAGGACCUCUACUUGAUUCCACUGAGUGCCAAGGACCCUAUUCCAUCCAAACUCUUGCCCUUUGAGGGACCAGGUCUUGAGUCACCACGUCCGAAUAUAAUCCUUGGGUUAGUAAUCUGUCAAAAAGUGAAACGGCCUUCGAAUGCUGGUGAGCCGGACAAGGGGGACGAGAAGCGGGCCCGGCUCCAAGAGGAAACGGACGCUGCGGUCGGUCCCAAAGUGACUGCGGGGCCGCAGUCUGACAAGAAGCCCUCCAGGUACCAGCUCCACUCUGGGGACACAGCCGUCGGCUCCACGCCCCCAGGGUCUCCUCCACCCCCGCCCCCUCCCCCAGAGCCGCCGAGUGUGAAGGUGCUGUCAUCCUUCAAACCGCCACCUGCGUCAGCAGCAGUCCCAGCAGUGGCUUCCUGCGUCACUUCAUCUACUUCGAAAACCGCUUCGCCGCUGGAACACAUCCUGCAGACUCUCUUUGGAAAGAAGAAAUCCUUCGACCCUCCUGCCAAAGAGGCUGCUGGGCCCGUGGCCGCUUCCUCCCAGGAUUCCAAAGCCAAGGUGGGCGACGGGGUGUCAGCACCUCCUCUGCUGGACCCGAUCGUUCAGCAGUUUGGUCAGUUCCCACAAGGUAAGGCCCUGGAGGAGGAGGAGGACGACAGGCCGUAUGACCCCGAGGAGGAGUACAACCCAGAGGGGGCCUUCGACAGCCAGCUCGCGGAGCGGGGCACGUGUCAGGACGGGCAGCGGGCUCCCGAGGCCACCGAGCGGGAAGAGGUGGCCUACGACCCCGAGGACGAAACGAUUCUAGAAGAAGCCAAAGUGACCGUGGACGACCUGCCCAACAGGAUGUGCGCAGACGUCAGGAGCAACCCCACGGAGAGGUCCGCCGAGGGCGCGGCCGGCGCGGUCCCCUCUCUGGUGGAGCAGCAGCGCAUGCUGGAGGAACUGAACCGGCAGAUCGAGGAGCAGAAGAGGCAGCUGGAGGAGCAGGAGGAGGCGCUGCGGCAGCAGAGGGCGGCCGUCGGGGUCUCCAUGGCCCACUUCUCAGUGUCGGAUGCGCUCAUGUCCCCGCCACCCAAGUCAUCCCUGCCCAAGGCCGAGCUGUUCCAGCAAGAGCCGCAGACGGCAGACAGGCCGGCACUGCCUCCCCCAAGCCAGGCCUCCCAGGCCUUGAGCCAGAGAGACCCGCGGCAGGCCCGGCGGCUGGCCACCGAGAGCAGCGAGGGCGAGCCUCUCCCGAAGGGCCCGGCAAACAGCACACAGGGUGCCCCGGCAGCGAGAGAAGCUUCCGGAGGCCCUGCUGUGGGGCAGGUGCUGGGGCUGGCCCAGGAAGAGGAGGCUCCUCCGUGGGCUCCAGCUGAGAAGGCCCCGCCGGCCUCAGACCAGGAUCCCAGGGGUGAGCCCUCGGGCAGUCCCGCCCUGCAGCCUGGGGAGAGCGGCCACCCCACUGCUGGUGACAGCUCGGCCAGGCCAGCCCGGAGGGUGCUGCUGCCCACUCCCCCCAGCGCCUCCUUGCAGCCCAGCUGCCCUCUGCAGGGCGACGGGGCCAAGGACCCCUUCUCAGGUCCAGGGUUCACGUCUCAGGAACAGUCUCUAGGCCCCACCCAGUAUGAGGACCCAAGAAAUCCUCAUUCUGCUGGGAAGAGUGACAGCCCCACCCGGGAGGCUGAGGGCGACAGAGAGCUACAGGCCAGGCCUGGCGAGGGGGCUGCCCUGUUCCCCCUGCCCGGACAGAAAGGAGGGGCCCCUCAGCCCCAGUGCCAGGGUCACCGUGACCCGGGGCCUCGAGCUUUCGGGAUGUCAGGGCUUCAUGGCCCCACUUUCCCAGGGCCAAGGGGGCCAGUCCUCCCGUUUUCAGAAGAGAGUCUCAUUCCUAAUACGGAGGGGCCAAGAGGGCCUCCUCCCGCCAGAUUCGGAGCCCAGAAGGGACCCCUCCCUUCCUUAUUCUCAGGGCCACACGGGCCACCACCCUAUGGGGACAGCAGAGGCCCCUCACCCUCCUACCUGGGUGGGCCGAGAGGAGCUGCACCCUCUCAAUUUGAAGACCGCAAGGACCCCCGUGGGGAGAAAAGGGAAUUCCAGGACACCCCAUAUAACGAGAUGGCGGGCCCCCCUGCCCAACUUGAAGGACCAGAGCAAGCCCAGCAUGUGGGAGGCAGAGGCCCGGCACCUUUCCAGUUUGGAGGCCAGAGAAGACCUCUGCUGUCUCAGCUGAAAGGGCCCCGAGGAGGCCCCCCUCCUGCUCAGUUUGGAGGUCAGAGAGGACCACCCCCUGGCCAUUUUGUGGGCCCAAGAGGGCCCCAUCCCAGUCAGUUUGAACCCGCCCGGGGCCCCCAUCCCAAUCAGUUUGAAGGACCCAGAGGCCAAGCACCGAAUUUCAUGCCGGGUCCCAGGGGGAUUCCGUCCCAGCCCUUCGAAGAGCAAAGGGUAAACUCACCACCGAGAUUUGCAAAUCAGAGGGCACCAGCGCCCCUCCCCUUCGGUGGGCCCAGGGGGUCCGCACCCUUUUCUGAAAAGAGCGAGCAGGCCCCUCGGUUUCACUUCCAAGGCCAGCCCCCGCAGGUGCUGAAGCCAGCGCCCCGGCCCCUGCUGGAGCUCCCCAGCCACCCGCCGCAGCACAGGAAGGAUCGCUGGGACGAGGCGGGGCCGCCCCCCACCCUGCCCCCCGGAGCGCCCGGACAGGGCCCCGAGGCUGACGGGCAGUGGGCGCCGCCCGAGCUGCGGGAGGGCAAGGGCCACGAGCACAGGAGCCAGGCCUUUGACGGGAGGCCGCGUGAGAAAGCCCCGGAGGAGCCGGAAGCCCGGCUGCCCGAGGGCCGGCCGGGCCGGGCGUUUGAGGACAGGAGGAGGGAGCGGGAGCGCGGCCACAACUGGGGCAGAGAGAGAGACUGGGAUCGCAGCCGCGAGUGGGAGCGGCACCGGGACAGGGACUCCGGCCGCGAGUGGGACAGGAGCCGAGAGAGGAGCACGAACAGGGACAAGGAGCGGGAGGCCGACCGCGGCCGGGACAGGGGCAGGAACAGGGAUCGAGAGCGCGACCGCAGGCGAGACCGAGACCGGUCCCGGAGCCGAGAGCGGGACCGAGAGAGGGCGAGGGACAGAGACCGCGAGCUGCGGGGCCGUGACCGCAAGGACCGGAGCAAGAGCAAAGAGAGCGCUCAGGACCCAAAGCCUGAGGCCGCCAGGGCCUCGGACGCGCAGGCCUAGGGCCCAGCCGCCACGGCGCCCGCCGCCGGCCAGCGGGCUCACGCCUCGGCCUGGCAGAGACCCUUGGGAGAGCCACGUCCAUAAAAUGUGUCGAACAAAUAGUUUUUGAGAUAGUUAUGAACUUAGAUUCGGGGUAGAAUAUUCUGGACUUCAGAAGUUACUGUAAUUUUGUGUAAAUGGUUUCUUACAAGAUUUCACCUUUACAGUUCUGAUGCUUUUAAAAAAAGAAACUGAGAACUCUUAAUAUUUCCAUUUAAAAUUACAGAAAUGGGAAAAUGUCUACAAGAGCAUAUUGCUUUUUCAGAUUAAAAAGCUGUCUUUUCCAAUAACUUGACUAUUGUAAAUUGUAAGGGAGUUUCAUCGGACCUUAGAGCCAUACCUUUGCCGGCAUCUCUGUAUCUCUGUCUGCGAAGCUGUUUCUCAGGCCUGUAGCAGCCCCCGGCCUGUGUUCUUGCCCUGGCUGCGGGAGGGCAGGAUGAGGAUCUGGAAUGUUGAGAAACAAAAAACUUACAAAUGCAUCUUUUCUUUUGUCAUAAGGAAGUUCGAAUUACAAAUUUCAACCAGGACACAAAAACACAUUUCUCAGUUUCGCACAGUUUCUAUAUAUCACCUUAUAAAUUUUUUUCAAAAACGUGAUUCAAAGCAACAUCUGUCCUAGUAGAAAUUGUUGCGUUUAAAUAACAAUUUAUUGGAAAAUGUUUAAAUUUUACCAGCCUAAAGAAAAUGACAAAAUAAACCAGUUAAGUGUACUUUGAAAGGGUGGUUGUGGGCGGGGUUCUUUGAUGCGAACAGUCAGGAACCUGGCACGGGGCAUUUGCCACCCGCGCGGCCCCUCCGUGUCCCGGGGAGGGUGCGCUCAGCU